UUGUAACAGACGCUUCGAACCCUAGCCAGCUCUCUCCCACUCUCCCCAAUCUCCGUAUCGCCGCCGCCGCCGCAUCCCCAACCUGGAUGCUGGUCACGGCCACACCGCGAGAGAGGAGACCGGAGUGAGGGUGAGGCCGGGGUAGGGCACCACCAGCCAGCCCCAUCUCUAGAUCCGGCCAGGCCGCGACCCCGGCGAUCCCCGGGCAUGGCGUCCCGCCGGCUCAUCGCCUCCUUCCUCCGGGCCGCGGCGCCGCCGCGCGCCCCGUCUGCGCCCGGGUAUCUCUUCAGCCGCGCCACCGCCUACUCCUCGUCCGCACCCUACACCGGCCAGGGUUUCCCGCCUCCUGGGUCUGAACCUGCUUCCCGUCCGGGUUUGUUCGCCAGGGCCGGUGACACACGGCAACCUUCAUACGGAGAACGUGUCAUGGCGUCACAACAGCUGCGUCAAGACUACCGUGCUAGGACACAGGCUGAUGUUCCCAGCACAAAUUUUGGUGCGACAAUGUCCAGGAUAGCUGGUGGUGAGAAAUCCUCCUACUUCAGGACCCCAUCACACAUCUAUGAUGAAUACAAACAAUCUUUGGUGAACGGAAAGAGAGAUUUAGUCCAUAUCUCGCUGAAGAGAAACAAGACCUUUGUGACUGUGACAGAUGUUAGGGGAAACAAAAAGACCGGGGCCUCCGCCGGUUGUUUGGAGGACAGAAAAGGGCGGGCUCGUCUUUCUAAAUAUGCUGCUGAAGCGACUGCGGAACAUGUCGGGCGAGCUGCCAGGAAGAUGGGUUUAAAAUCUGUCAUCAUGAAAGUGAAAGGAGCUGCAUUUUUCACUAAGAAGAAGAAAGUGAUCCUGGGCUUUAGAGAAGGUUUUCGGGGUGAAAGAGUAAGGGAACAAUCUCCUGUCGUGUUCAUCCAUGAUGUGACCCAGCUUCCACAUAACGGAUGCCGACUUCCCAAACAACGCCGGAUCUAGGUCUCAAUGAUCUGGAAUGAAACUGAGUUGAGAGGAGUUGAAUCAUUCAAGGUGAUCUGGAAGCUCUUUUUAAGCUGCGUGAUGUUCGUCUAGUUGACCUAAGGCAGAUAUGUAUUGUUUCUCUUGGCUCUACUGCUUGAAUUGGUUUCUGUAUACCUUAUGUUACUCAGUGAGUUUAUCUGCAAUAUCGCCACUUUUUUUAUCAAAUUACAGAUAGGAACUGAAUUCCCAACCAUUGUAUGGUAUGUUAAGACUCAUGAGGAACAUAUGAUCGAUUCUCCUUCAAUAAAUAGGAAAGCCCUUACCACUUAUGUUGCUA